AGUAUUAUCACAUGAUCUGACAGUAACUGAGUAAGGAAAAGAUGGCAAGUCAAUCUACAGGGAUUCAGCAGCUACUAAAAGCUGAAAAACAGGCUGCAGAGAAAGUGGCGGAUGCUAGAAAACGUAAAGCCAAACGUUUAAAGCAAGCCAAAGAAGAAGCACAACAAGAGAUAGAACAGUACAGAGCCCAGAGAGAGGCCCAGUACAAGAAAUAUGAACAAUCAGUUCUUGGAUCUAGAGGUGAUAUGGAGAGUAAAAUAGAGGCCAGUACUCGUCAGAAGAUCAAGGAACUGGAGAGUAAUAUGGGCAAAAACAAGGAAGUCGCCAUCAAAAGACUAAUGGAAAUUGUCUUAGACAUCAAACCUGAAAUCCAUGGGAACUGGAAAAAAUAGACAUGACAUAUUUCUUAGGAAAUUGAUGGCUGAUUCCUGCUGUGGUUUUAUAAUCAUUUUAAAUGUAGGCAUUUGAAAAUUUUGUGUGUUUUAUUCAUCAGUUCCUGCCAAAUAAGCCCUUUACUUAUGAAUUCAUUGCAAUGGAAAUAAUUUUAUGUAUGAAUAGAUUUAACAAUGGACUCUGCUUAAUGAUUAAAAAACCACAGUAUGAUAUGUCAGCAAACAGCAAUCCAUGUACAUUUACAUAUUACGGGGUAGUCUUUAUGAAUUGUAUAUCCAUGAUCAUUUGUUGAGUCUAGUGUUGAUUUUGUGCUGUAGAUUGAGUAAGCCAUCCACUGAUCAUAUUGUGAUUGGUCGCUGUAUACAGAGUUAUUGUACUCGGAACUAGGUAGUUGUCCAAUUUGUUCAAUCAUCAGUAUGAAUGAGGAAGGUUGUAUUUGUAAUGUAGAACCUGAGUCUAGUCAAAAUGAAUGGUCGUAUUGUGGGCUUAUAUAUAUAUCCCAACUUUCCCUUAAAAAAAAAAAACAAUUAUUUACUGGUAUGAGUUUAUAUAUCAAGUGCAUAAAUAAAACAUUCCAUUUGUAAUGAAGUGCUGGCACAGAUGAGGGAUUAUAUCUAAAACUUAUGAACAGUUCUCAAAAGUUUCCAUCCCAGGUUACAUUUAAAAUUGUUAAGAUUGAGGUUGGAUUAAUUUAUUAUAAUUUUUGAGAAUGUGUGUAUUAUAUUAUUUUGUAUUACAUGUAUUCCUAAAAAUAUAUAUAAAGAAAUCUAUCUGUUA